AUGGGCCCUGAGACGAUGCCGCGACAGGUGGGCUCCGCCUCCGGUUCGCCGCUGCGGGCCACGCUCUCCAGCCAGGGGUGGGUGCCUCUGCGGGAGAGCCUUGAGUCGGCGACGACCGAGGACGCGUGCUUGGAGUGCUGUUCCGAGUUCAAAGAUCUCCUCGCACAGUGCAGCUCGCCCCUGAAGCGCGUCCACACGGAGCCCUCCCUGCACGACCGCGCCAUGCUUGCGGCCUCCGCGAUGGACGACGCCGAGGCCGCAGGGGUCGUCCGCGCCCUCGUCGCGGCCCUGCGGUCCGCCCCGUCGUCCAAGGCGCGCGUCGCGCUCGCCGGCCCGGCCCUCGCGAUGCUGGAGGGGCAGCACCAUCGCCGCGCAGACCUCGCGAGCCAAGCGGGCCUGUUCGACGUGCUGAGCAUCGCGCUGCGCGAGGACGCGAGCCCCGACGUGCGCCGGACGCUCCUCGCCGUGGCGCGGUCCAUGCUCGAGGCCGGCGGCGACCGCGAGAGCCGGGUGGCGCGGGCAGCGCAGGAGGGCGUGUUGCGGUCGACGGUGGAGGCGCUGCGCGGACAGGCGGACGAGGGGGCGUGCGAGAGCGCGGGCGGGGUGCUCGCGGCGCUGCUGGCGUCGGGGGGGGGCCCGAGGGAGGCGGCGGUGGCGUGCGGGGCCGCGGAGGUGCUUGCUGCCGCGCUGCGGGACGCGAGGGGCGACACGCCGCUGCGGACGCUGGCCAUCGCGGCUGGGUGGCUCGUGCACGGCGACGACGCCGGGGCGGGCCGGCGGCGCGACGCGGCGCUUGCGGCGGGGUGGGCGGAUGCGAUCGCGGGUGCGCUUCGGGCGGCGGGGACGAGCGACCACACGCGCGCUCGGCUCGGGUUCGCGGCGCUGCACAUGCUCCAGGGCGGCGGAGACGAGGAGCGGCGGCGGCAGGGCGCGGAGGCGACGGCGCUGCCGCUUGCGUUGAUCGAGGCACGGAGGGCGUGCAACGACCCGGCGUGCAAAGCGACGCUCGCCGCGGCUGCUGCGGAGCUGAAGCGGGCGCGUGUGGGCCGAGAGUCGCUGCGUGGCAGCGAGAGGGCGGACGUGGUGCUGCCUGCGCCGCUGCAGCAGGCGGCGGAGGGGCGCGACCCACAUGGUGCGUGCUGGGCGUGCGGGAGCGCGGGGGGCGACGUGGAGCUGGUGCCGUGCGGGCGGUGCGAGCGCGUGAGCUACUGCAGCGUGCGGUGCCGGCAGAAGGACUGGAAGACUCACAAACCAGACUGCCUGUGA